AUGGAAAAACCCCACAACAAUGGACUGGAUAUGAAACGCUACAAAGCCAUGUUCGAGGCAGCAAAGGAAGACGUGGAUCAACACUAUGGCUCAACCACCUUGACACCAUGUAUCGAAUUCACAAUGCAGACUGAGCAGACUGACGUUGAUGUGCAGGGUGAGCAUUCCGAAGAUCCUACUCACUUUGUCAAAUAUAAUGGCACUUCUUCCCACGGACCCCGGUUCUGCUGUACUAUGACUUAUUAUACAUGUGGCAAAACCAUUCAAGCCCGUCGUUCGGACCUUCCUGCCAUCGGUCGUGGCGAUUUUGGAUCGGGUUUAAUGCAGGUUGUUGCAAAAAUUUCAAUUCACACCGACGAAGAAAUGGACAUGGACAUGGACAUGAGUUCGAAAAUGGCUGGAUCCAAAAGAAGACACCGUCGUGAUGGAACCGGAACGCCAACCGCUGAAAGACAUGGUCAACCUCAAUCCCUGCCCCAACAUCCACCCUAA